AAUUUUGUUCUAUAAAAUCUGCAUAAAAUCAAACAGGUGAAUAAAGCUUAGCGCGGGAUCGAUCCAAUCAGCGGUUUUCGAAGUCGCGAUAUGUCAGUCGUAGCAGAGAUAUAAUAUUGGCGGCUUAAGAAGGGCAGCCAAUUAGAAAAGUUGGUGAAUAUCGUCGGUCGGUACUUAGGCGCGUGUGUUUGUCGAGUGCAUAUAGGUGACGGUCGCGAAAUAUAGUCGCAGCCAUCUUAUAUUUUGUGUCGGAGAAAAACAAUUUGGCCGUACAAAUGUUUCGCGAUUGUCCGUGAAGCCGCUCGAGAACGGGAGGCGUGCGCUCGAUGAGGCGUGACGUUUUUCGACCCUAGCCCAAGACUACUACAUUAGCAAAGGUGGAUUGGUACGCGGGAUAUGAGCAGCUUGUCAAGCGCAACCUGACUCUGCUCCCCCAUCAAGAAGCAGCGCAGCAGCAGGAGCCACAAUCGCAACAGCUGGCUCAGCCGCAGCAGACCGACAUAAUGACAUCCAUGUUCGAACAACAAAUCAAAAGCGAGCCUAUGGGCUUCUAUUCUGUUGCUUCGAGUCGUUCGGAUGGUUCCAAUUCCAUGGUGAAUUUAUCCGAUGACAGAGAGGACCUUUCUCAGCAGGAAGGUCAUCUGCAGCCACAGCAACAAACGUCGCUACAAAUAAGCCAGCAACAGGGUCAGCAACAAACUCAGCAAAGUCAACAGGCACAGCAGGGACAACAAAGUCAAAGUGUGCAACAGGAGACUCCGAGCCGUCAGUCAACGGGACAACAAACUGUUAAAGAGGGUUCAAGGUCGAGACCACAGCCCUGCAAAGUAUGCGGCAAGGUGCUAUCUUCCGCUUCAUCGUAUUAUGUACAUAUGAAACUUCACUCGGGCAACAAACCAUAUCAUUGUACAGUAUGCGAAGCCAGUUUUUGCCGUAAACCAUAUUUAGAAGUGCACAUGAGGACGCAUACAGGAGAACGACCCUUCCAAUGCGAGCUGUGUUUGAAAAGGUUUACGCAGAAGAGUAGUCUCAAUACUCACAAGCGGGUGCACACUGGAGAAAGACCGUACGCCUGCGAUAUAUGUCAAAAACGUUUUGCAGUAAAGAGCUACGUGACGGCACACCGUUGGAGUCACGUCGCCGAAAAGCCUUUGGUGUGCGACAGAUGUUCUCUUACGUUCACGUCCAAGAGUCAGUUUGCAAUUCACAUUCGUACCCAUACUGCAAGUACAACGUACGAGUGCAACAUCUGUGGACGUACGUUUGUACGUGAUAGUUAUCUCAUACGACAUCAAAAUCGAGUACACCGUGAUAUGAAUCAAAGCAAUACAAAUCACAAUCCACCGACACCGCAGAGUACUGGUGGUGGUACGCCGGGCACAGGUUUCGAGAGCCCUGUUUGUGAUCUACGCUACAGUGAAGGACCGUCUUCGUUGGAUGGUUUGGCAGGUUCCAAAGGAGGCAUCGCAGCAGAGAUUGCAAGUCUAGCGAAGCAAAACAAUCUUCAACUUCCUCUACCGCUGCUACAUCCGCAGACCACCAACUAGUGUUUAGAUGGCAGUAUGUCUGAGUCCUUACCGCAACACCAGUCACCGCAGCAAGUAGUAUGUCCCACCUCGGCGUCUUCGCCAUUCACACUUAAUUCACCUGUGUCUCACGAGCACACACCAUCGCAGAGUGUCUACCAAACGACGGGCUCUUCCAGUUCCUUGGAUAGCCUCAACUCCCAACUCUACCCGCAAAUGUCAUCCCCUAUAGAAUCAUCAGAGUCGCAUCAUCAUUCGCAUCAACUGCAUCGCGGCAUUCCUCCACCAGGGCUUCACCCUGCACUAUAUUUGUACGCUCAGUACUCGAAUACGAGCCCUACGAUCUCGUACACCGAAUAUAUUCAACGCAACAAUUGAUAAUGCCAGUUUAUGCCAGCAAUGACGAUUUUUACCACGAACGUAGCGACGUCAGCGUUCUAACGCGGGCUCUUCGAUCGCGUGUCAUAUUUAAUGGUGCUGGUUGAACAAAGUGCCUAAAGAGCAUCCGCUUUCUGGAUCGCGAUGGAUGCUUAACCCCAAUCGUGGAUUGAUAAUACUAAACAAUUUUUACGCACCGAUCUUGUUUCAAUUUUUUAGAAAGGAACAGAAGAGAAUGGCAAAUCAAUUGUACAUUGAUUGCCAUUUUGCACGUAUUCGGUCACCCCUCGGUCCAUAUAAUGGAUCGCUACGUUGACGAGCGUAUAUUUUAACGAGAAUUAAACAGGGAUGGGCAAAAUUCUUAUCUGGAUGAAAAGUUCGAAUAACGAAUAAAAGAUGAAACACAUUUUUAUUCGUUACUCGUUUAAUCAAAAUUAGUAUUUAAAUUGUAGCAUGGAAGUAUUUCACGUUGGAUAGAUAAAGAUUUACGCUAUUCAAUCGAAUAAUUUUAUUCCAAUAAAAUUUUGCCUAUUUCUGAAAUUAAAUAGCACCGUUCGAAGGGACGUACUCGAGCAGCGAUCGAUGAUUCGCCUCGAUCGCUGAAUUUUCCUCGUUUUAUCGAUCUUCGUCGUGGUACAUCGAUGUUAGCAUAAACUAUCCCGAAUAACGUUUCUACACGAGUUUUCCAAGUUUCCGCACUUCUUGAUUUACCUCUUUUUCAAUCACAUUGCGAGUACAUAUACAUAUAUAUAUAUAUAUAUCUAUGUGUGUAUAUAUAUUAUGCGCGAACCAUUAUACGCAUAACAUAUUUAUAUUAUAUUUUUAAAGGAGUUUAGUCACUUGGAUCUGUGAUAUAGAUAGUAAUUAUUAUCUACAACGUUUAAACUAUUGGUUUACUAUUUUGAUGAUAUCAAAACGAGGAAAAAUAAGAAAGCAAUGUCACGGAGCGUAUGUAGCUGUCAGAAUUUAACGGACAUUGGUCUCUACCGAAGGUGUUUGGUAGACACCCUACUAUUACUUUUACAAACAAAACAAAAAUAAGAAUAUUACUAUUACUAACGCUGCUACUACUAUUAUUACUACAACACUAGUACUACUCUUACUAAUACUCUCACUAACAUUACCAUCACCACAACCACCACCACUGACAUUCUCCCAACUAUAUAUUAUUCUCGCUAUUAUUAUUAUCAUUAUUGCUACUACUAUAACUACUAUUAUUAUUAGAAAAAAACGCAAACGUUGCUUCAUUUUAGUAACGUCCAUAGCGCGUGUAUUGGGUAGGACCCGUGACGUAGUCACCAUGGCUUUUUUUUCAGCUUUGAUCUUAAGUUUGUUCUCUUGUCAUUUUCCUUCUCUCACGUUUCAUCUACUUCUUUCUUUCCUCAUUCUUCACCUUGCUUCAGUUCUUUCCCUACCCUUCGAGCCAGUGGCGCAACUACCAAUUCUGGGAUACUUUUAGGGGAAAGUUAACUCUAUCUUUUGAAUAUUAUAUAAUAUUAGAAAAUGGUAGAGGUAUUUUUAAUCGCGAAAGACGAACAACCAGUGAAAUUCGUAAAACAUUAUUUUACACAAUUUUACGGAACAAAACUUAUAUUUACCAACAACAACAACAACAAAAAAAAAAAAAAUGUGUGGAAUUAAAAAAAAAUAAUCAAAAAUGAUUUGAUAUAUUUGUUUUGUAGCUCUCGAAAUAAAAGAUUUCUCGUGGGAAAAUUAUGGGGCUUUUCCGUACUCGCUACUUAUUACAGAGUCUGUAAUUACGAAACGUAUACGAUUAAAAAAACAAUUAGAAAUUAAUCGAUAUACAUAUUUGCUUUUCGUUCGUAUCGAAAUCGGGACUCUUAUUGUGCAGCCUUAGUUACGCCACUGCUUCGUACUAAUUCUUCGUAGCUCACCGCGUACGUAUGUAUGUAUGUUACAUGAACGAUAGAAACGUUACGGUGUCGGUGUUCUUUUAUCGCGUAGGACAAUUACACGGCUUUGAAUCAGUUCCAUGGGUGUACUUACUUUUCACAUAUCGAAGUGUAUUGUACACACAGAUACAUAUUGUAUAUACGUAUACAUAUAUAUACGGAUGUAUUAUAAAAAAAAAAAAAAAAACGACGAGCGAAUGUGCAGAUCGUGUUAGUUCUAAGUACUAGGAGUGUAAUAGCAGGGCUGUUGAUCUUUUCCUUUUUUUUUUCCUUUUUUUUUUAACUACCGUUAGAGCUUAGUUUUAGCGAUUAUUAUUAUUAUUAUUAUUAUUAACGUUCUGAUUAAUACGAUUAUCACGAUUAUUGUUAAUCUUUUAUCACUAACUCCACGAAGCUUAGAUACAAGCGAGGGAACCAUGACAGCCGCGAAAAAGCUUUCGUUUCCUUCGGAAAUUUUUGCGUACGAUCCAGCGCGGUGUCUGUUCGUUUUCGACGAUAAAACGAAAAUAGAAGAUCGAUCGCGCGCGCGUUAAUAACGAAUCAAAACGCGACGGACGAACGUAGCGCGUGCGCGCUUCGAGUGUUUUCGAAUCAGCAGCGUAAUAGAGAUACGGCAAAAUUCGUAUACAAUUAAAAUAAAGAAGAAAAAAAAGAACAAAUGAAAAAACGCAAACUUUUGCAAUUUAAAUUAAACGAAACGAAAAUGUAACCGUUCGAUCGAAUUUAAUGUUUUUUCUUCUCAUCUGUUAUUCGAGUAAAAUUCUGCCCAUCUCCGACGGCGGGUAAAGCGGGUUCACGGUUCGAUUCGAAUAGAAACAGAACAAAAACAAGAAAAAAAAACAAAACACAAAACCAAGAAAAAAGAGAAAAUAUAUUCGCGCUAGCGUGCCUCGAACUUCCUUAUAUCGUAGAGAUCUGUUCCGACGGUCUUUUAGUCUUCGCAGAGAACAAAAGAAAAAAGAAAAAAAAAUAUAUAUAUAUAUAUUAUAUAUAUAUAUAUAUAUAUAUAUAAAAUAAAACGACGAACAAUUCUCUGCGCGCGUAUGCCUGAGGCUUUUGAUUUAAACGAGACGCGAAGUCACCGGGCCAAGACUGAUUUACUCGCAAAGGAUUGCGACACACAGAAAGAGGGGAAAACGAUAUUUGUUCUUUGUGUCAUUUGUUGAUGUUUUUGUUCGUAUUCGGUUACGCGUGGAACGUAUUGUUGCUUGCAUCCGUGAGGUGGAGAGGAAUAAAAGAAAAAGAAAAAAAGAAAAUAUUCCACGAUCGUAUCUUUCGCGCGUGAAAUGAAAAAGGCACGUUUCCCGUGUUUCGUUCGGAUAACUUAGGUGCAAUGAGAACAAGAAAAGCGACGUUCUUCAUGCUGGCUAGUCAUUGUACAGCUCUAUGAAAUAUUAAUUGUACUACAAUGCUGUGAUUUAAAGCCUCCGUGCAUAUGUUCGCGCAGCUCCUAAUUACAUAACGAUAUACAUAUUUUGUAGCUUGUUAUGAUUGUAAAUACAAUAGGUAGCUCGUAGGAAUACCUAAGAAGAAAACAAAACAAUUGUAGUUCCGAAUUGAUCGGUCGAUCCUUCGUUACGAUCUCUUUACUUCUUUUCUCUCUGUCCGACUUUUGUUUUUAAUUCUUUAUACUCUCUAGUUCUCUCGUCCCAUCUUUUCGCUUUCUAAUAAACCCCCUACUCCUCUCUUUAAUACUUAUUUCUGCGUUUCCUCGAUACAUAUGCGCUUUCACGGUGCUGGGCAAGCAAAUUCUUUCCAUCCGUGAAAAUAAAAGAGACCCUUUCUACUAAGAAACAAAAAAA